GCCUGGUUGCAGAAACGGCCUGCUGCAAACAGCCGAUGCAAACACUGCCAACACGCGACAGACACAUGCUUUGAUCAACAAAGUGUUAUUUGAGUUAUUCAUAACAGCAGCAACUGAGGUGAUACUCGGCCUUUCAAGAGGCCCGAGCGCCCCGCUUUGCCGACUCGUGCCGACGAGGGUAGUCCUAUCAGUCACUUUAGUUGCUGCCGUGCUUAGAAUCGAGGGUUUCAGUGAACGUGUGGUCGCGGCGGUCAUUGAGGCAAAUCGAAGGUAGCUAGACCGACAGCCCUACACAGCAGCGAUGGAGCUAAGAUGCUGGCCGCGCAGGCGACGUGAACUAGGCCGGCCGGCAUCCGCUCACAUGGCAGGCCGCCGGGCAGCAGUGUUUGGGCUGCUCUUGCUGUUCAGCUGCGUGGCGUGCGGCGUGGGGCUGUCGGUAGCAGCCGCGGGCGAUUCCGCUUCCACUGGCGGUGCGGUCGGACCCGCCCAAGCCUCCAUGGCCUCCACAGUCGAUGCCGCAGCGUCAGAUGCCCACAGCAGCUCGGUCAGUGGCGCGGGCAGCUCUGCCGUUUGCGAGGUUGUGGAGUUGGUCGACCCCCUCAGCGCCCACUUCGAGGGGCGGUUGGGCCACCGCCUCAUGUGCACAGACGGCGGCGGCGGUGAUGGCAGUAGCGCCAACGACCGGAUUGGAAACGUCCACAGCAGUGGCAGUAGUGAUGUGGGCAGCAGCCGUCGGCUGGGGGAGCGGAGGUGGCUACAGGCGGCGGGGUCGUGCUCGGGCUUCACGGCCUGCGUCUCCGCCACCACCGCCACCCAGAUGCUUCUGGGCGCCGCGGGGGGCGGCGCCACUCCGGACGUGGUGGUCAGCAACGCGGCCUUCACGGAGGGGCUGUGCGAGGGCGCGGCGGCUGGCGCGGCGGGGCGGCGGCAGUGGGGGCUCAUCACCAACACCAGCUGGCCCCCGGGUCACGUGAUGAAGCCCUGGUUCCCGCGGGGUGCCGUUGUGUUGAGCUCGGGUGCGGCACCCGCCGCCGCCUGCAACUACAACUCGCUGGGCAGCUACAGCCUGCCUGCUGGCGGCGACGGUGACGCCGACCUGGACUCACUGGUGCCAGGGCAGCUGUCGUACGAUGCCGCCGUGCUGGAGUUCGACGUCACGCCCCGCAAGUCGGGUCUGCUGACGCUACGCUACGUGUUCGGCAGUGAUGAGUACAAUGAAUGGGUGGGUGCGCCCUUCAACGACGUGUUCGCGGUGCUGGUGUCUCCGGCCGCCGGCCAGCUGCAGCAGGGCAGCGCGGGCGCGGCCAGCAGGCAGACGGCGCUGGUGCGGGGCAGCGCGGCGCAGCCGGUGUCCAUCGCCACAGUCAACGCGGGCUCCAACGCGGACCUGUGGAAUAACAACCAGCCCGGAGAGGUGGCACAACUCAAGGCCACGGAGGCCGACGGCUACACCUACCGCCUGAACACACGGGGAUACCCCGUGCAGGCCAAUUCAAACUACCAUGUGAAGAUUGCCAUCGCGGACAUUGGAGACCAGAUCUUGGACUCCUGGCUGUGGCUGGCUGGAGAGUCACUCGUGAUCAACAGCCCACCCGUGGCCGUGGCCGCCGGCAACAACAUCAACUCCGCCACCUGCGGCGUCACGCAGAAGACAGUCACCUUCAACGCCUCAUCCUCGUCGGACCCGGACAAGGACCCCCUGAGCUACCUGUGGGUCAUCUCGGCGCCCUGCCGCCCCACCAUCACGCGCCGCACCGCCGUGGCGCGAGUCAACCUCACAAACCUGGCCGACGGCGCUACCUACACCGCCCGCCUCACCGUCACAGACGACCGGGACGCCGAGGCAGUGGCUGAGCGAAAUGUGACAGUGUCUGUGGGCUGCGGCAGCACCGCCAUCAGCAACACUUGCACGCAGCCCCCCUCGCCCGCGCCCCCCUCGCCCGCGCCGCCCUUGCCAACCGGCUUCAUCCCCCGUGUGGUGUGGGGCGCGCCCGCGGCGGCUGUCGUGCCGUGUGGCAGUCCUGGCGUGGUUUUGGAUCCUGGAUCUGCUGCUGCAGACAUCCUGAGGACCCAGAUCUGGCCGGAUGGCGAGCCAGCGGAUCCUGGAUCCGAGAAAAGUGCGUACUUCGUUUGGGCUUUGUACGACAGCUUCGCGCCGGAGCCUGCGGGUGCGCCCACCUCCUUCCGUGUCACCGCCAUCAACUCCUCCGCCGACGACCCCGCACUGACCCUGGACGCGGCGACCGACCUGCGCCAGGGCCCUGUCAGCCGCAAGUGGAUGGUGCGGCUGUGGGUGAGCAACUCGCCGGUGUGGGAUGAGGGCGGCGGCGGCUAUGUGUCCGGACAGGUGUUCGUGCAGGUGCUGCACUGCCCGCUGCUGCCUAGCGCCGCCGGCGCCCCCCUGCCUGAGGUGCCUCUGGGCGGGCAGGGGCAGCUGCCCGACCCGCUCAGUCUGGGCUGCGGCGCGGCGGUGGCGGUCAACGCCUCGGCGGCCAGGUCUGUGGCACUGGCCCGUGCCGGCCUCAACACCAGCUCGGGUCCGGAGCCGGUCGUCAAGUUCCGCUGGAGCCUGACACACGAGGCCAGCGGGCGGGUGUGGCGGCGCGACGUGGUGGGCGACCCGUUGUUCACCCUCAACACCACACAGGUGCUUCAGUACGCGGGCAUGCCUCUGUCCGAGUUCUCCGUCUUCUCACUGGAGCUGCAGGUGGAGCUGAGCGGCGGGCAGCUGCUCUCAGACGACAAGUGGCGUGUGCGGGCUGGCAGUGAGCCCUGCUACCAGCCGCCCAGUCCUGCGCCGCCCUCACCCAGUCCUCCGCCUUCUCCGCCCCCGGAGCCGCCCUCUCCACCCUCUCCACCGCCAACUCCGCCCUCUCCACCCUCGCCGGAGCCCGCACCCCCAGCAAACCCUGACCCUCCCAGCCCUCCGCAGCCCUCGCCACUGCCGCCAAGCCCCGCGCCGCCCAGCCCUGCGCCCCCGUCGCCUACGCCCCCGCGGCCGCCCAGCCCCAAGCCUCCAAGCCCAACGCCGCCGUCGCCUGCGCCGCCCUCGCCGCUCCCACCCCUGCCCUCCCCACCGUUCGACUCUCCUCCCAGCCCACAGCCGCCCAGUCCUGCCCCUCCGCAGCCAAGGCCCCCGCCCUCGCCUGCACCUCCCUCUCCUGCACCUCCGGCACCGCCACCCAGCCCUGAGCCACCUAGCCCAGAGCCGCCCGGGCCACCUCCCAGCCCAGCGCCGCCGUCGCCUGCGCCGCCCAGCCCGGAGCCGCCCAGCCCGGAGCCGCCCAGCCCGCCUCCAAGCCCGGUACCCCCGCCGCCGCCACCCUCACCGCAGCCGCCCGGCAUCAAUGUGGUCACACACGACCUGGUCGCCUACUACGACACGCCCGCCUCACUGCCGCGUGUGCUGCUGUGCUGUGGCAGCACCGACCCCGGCUCCAUCACCCCGCAGGCUGUGGCCUCCUUUGUUGCGGAGUUCAAAGCCAACAUGUCACGAGCCCUGGGCAUCCCCAACAACCAGGUGGUGAUUCGCUUGCUGGUGGUUAUGAACAAGACCCUAAUCCAGCAGCAGACCGAUUCCACCUCGCCCACCAGUCGACGCCAUCGCUCACUGCUUUCAUCUCUGUCAAUGGACUUCAACAAACACCACCAGCAACAGCAACAGCAGCAGCAGCACCUCUUGCCCCUGGGACUGCCAGCGGACGUAAGCACACAUCGGGACCAGGACGCAGGCAUAGACGCCGACUCAGCACAGCGACGCACGAUGCAGCAGGGCGCAGCUACCACCAACAGCGGAGCUGGCGCCGCCAUCGGAGUCCUAACCUUCAGCCUCAUAGAAGUCCAGAACACGAACACGCCCAACUCGCCGCCCCCGAUAGACCUCGGCAUGCUGCCGGCGGCCGUGAUGGCGUCGCGGCUCUACCUCUCCGCUCCUAGCGGCGGUGGUGGCGGUGGCGGAAGUGGAGGUGGAGGCGGCGUCGAGGACGAUGCACCGCCGUCGCCGCCGCCGGCCGCGCCGGCAACGGCGCCGCUGUUUGUAAAGGUGGCUGGCAUGAUGGCACACGGGGCCGUGGGGCAGACCAGGAACCCGGUGUGGUACGACGACGCGGACUUCGCCGACCAGCGGGCCGAUGGCGGGGCGCUUAACCUGGUGGACUGGGCAACAGGCAACCGCUCCGCCUGCGCCUCCAGCUCCCGCUGUGGGCAGUGCGGACACGCCUGGGCCGCGUUCUUCGGCCCGUUUCAGGUGACUCUGUACUUCCGGGAGCCUGUGCAGCUGAGCCGCAUUGACAUUCGCGAGAUCGCCAACCCAGCCAUCGCGCAGUUGCAGCUGCUGCCCUGGCCCGCGGUGGCCUUUGGCCCAGACUUGCCCGCACGCCGCGGCGUGUUGGGGCGCCCGCUCAAUGUGCCCGCGGCCGCCGCCGCCUCCACCGCCUGCCCGCGCACCACCUCCGUUGUCCUGCCUGCCAAGCGAGCCGGCAUGAGCAUCAAGGUCAGCUCGGCGGGGAGCCAGGAGGAGCUGCCGCGCGCGCUGCGCGGCACAGCGGUGGGCGGCGUCACCCUCCUGCUCAAGGCGCCCGUGACGGCGGGCGAUGUGGGCCGCACGUGGGUGGAAAGCGUGCGGUUCACGGGGCGGGUGCUGUACCCCAGGGACGCCGCUGCGUAUGCGGCCGUGAAGGCGCCCAGUGGCGCGGGGUAGUGGAGAUGGUGUGAUGGGGGGGCAAGUUUGCAUGCAUUGCGGAGUGGCGUGAGGCGCGUACUGCGGACCGGUAGGCGUGUUUAUUAGCAGGAGCGUUUGCGACGUUGUGUGUGCUAGUAGGGUGCAUGGACUCUGAUGUGCUAUUCUUAAAUCCCCUUCCUCUGCUCGAAUGUGCUGAGGCCGCUCUGAGCGGCUGCCGGGUUUGUACUUCAUACCUAGUGAGUAUUUGCUUACGUGUUUACGCACAGAGUUUACGUGCGUCUGUCAGAGUGUGUGGGGUGCGCCCUGAAAGCCUAAAGGGCCUUGCACUACGCGUACGGGCAGUUGCGAGUAGUGGUAAGGCGCCGUGCUGUAUCUGCAGGAUGUGGGGAUGACUGGUGCCGCAUGCCAUCUCAGCGCAUGAGGCUAUGGGCUCACCGCAGGCGGACCGCGCUUAGCUGGUUCACAGUUCGCCGCCUGGUGUCGUGUCGGCUGGGGCUGAGCGGGCGUGCUCGGAGUUGGUUGGGUCUUUCCCAAGCCCUGGGAUGAUGGCUACGUUCCUGGGAGCACACUCGCACAGUGGGCACCGGCACACGCCGGCCCAGGCAGCGAAGGCCCAGGACAUAGGAGCCCACGCCACUCCCAAGUCAUGUGACGCCUGCCAGUCUGGAAUAACCGGACGUUGCCCGUGUUCAAUGUUACCGUGUGCUGCAUCGGCGAGUAUAUGUGGUUGUCGCAAGCUGGUGUCAGUACGGUAUGAUGACGGAUGUCCAUGCCGAAGAGAUUUGAAGGACGUCCACGGGGGUAGCGGCUGCUGCUGUGCUGCAUCAUGCAUCAGAGCAUUGGCACAAUGGCUAUGCCCAAUUUCCUGUGCCAAUAGGUGCCCACAGGUACCCAUGAUCUUACGUAAUGAGGGUAUGAGACGGGUAGCGUUGGUGCUGUUGUA